UUCACCUGCCGUUCAUUGGUUUCUGUCUGAGGGUGGGAAGCGAAUUUGCUUGAUUUGUGCUCAGUUACUGCAGGAAGUCUUUGGCAGCAGACCUCCAAUUUUUCCAGAAGAUGAAGGUUGAUAUUCAUAGUCAUAUUUUACCAAAGGAGUGGCCGGAUUUGAAGCAGAGGUAUGGAUAUGGUGGAUUUGUGCAGCUUCACCAUCACUGCAAGGGUGAAGCAGACAUGAUGAAGGAUGGGAAGCUGUUCCGAGUGAUUCAAGAGAACUGCUGGGAUGCAGAUGCACGCAUAAGGGACAUGGAUCAACAUGGUGUCACAGUACAAGCCCUUUCUACUGUCCCUGUGAUGUUUAGUUACUGGGCCAAACCUCAUGACACACUGGAUCUCUGCGUCCUUUUAAAUGACGACUUGGCCGAGAUAGUACGCAGCCACCCCACUAGGUUUGUGGGCCUGGGCACUCUUCCAAUGCAAGCCCCUGACUUGGCUAUUCUGGAGAUGAGGCGUUGCGUGAAGGAGCUGGGCUUCCCUGGGGUGCAGAUUGGCUCACAUAUCAACAACUGGGAUCUCAAUGCCACUGAACUCCAUCCUUUCUAUGCUGCAGCUGAGGAGCUGGGCUGCUCCUUAUUUGUCCACCCGUGGGACAUGCAGACAGAUGGGAGGACGGCUAAGUAUUGGCUACCCUGGCUGGUUGGCAUGCCGUCAGAGACAACAAUGGCUAUUUGUUCGAUGAUAUUCGGAGGCGUCUUUGAGAAAUUUCCUAAACUGAAGGUCUGCUUUGCACAUGGAGGUGGCUCCUUCCCAUUCACCAUUGGCAGAAUUGAACAUGGCCACAAAGUCCGCCCGGAUCUUUGUGCCGUUGACAAUGAGAUUAGUCCACGAAAGUACCUUGGUUCUUUCUACACCGACUCUCUAGUUCACGAUCCAAUCGCCUUGAAGCUCCUAAUUGACGUUAUUGGAAAAGAUAAAGUGAUGCUUGGAACAGAUUAUCCAUUCCCACUGGGUGAGCUGCAGCCUGGAACACUGAUUGAUUCGAUGGAGGAAUUUGAUGACAAACUAAAGGAAAAAUUGCUUGCAGGAAAUGCAUUGGAAUUUCUGGGCCUGAAAAGAGAGAAGUUUGAUUGACAUGAAAAUCUGAUAUACUGCUACACUGCUAUUCAAACAUUCAUAUUUGCAUGAAUAAGAUCAUUAUUUGGAUUAGCUUGUAUAUCAGCUAGGCUAUUAACAAGUUUGUUGUUGUUUGACAUAAUAAAGUAAUUAAGAAUUUUACUCUGUGUAUGAAUUGCAUUAAAUGUUUGACGUUAUUUUAAUGAUCACUUUACCUGUUGCUUUAUUCUUACAUACCAUCUUGUGCUUAACAAGUUAACAAUGUCCCAUUAGUUAGAGGAAACUUCCUGCCCCUGACGGACUGACCCUAAAGUACAGACCUAACGUUUCAGGGACCCUUUUGCAGUCAAUCCCAUUAUAACUUUGUUUUUAUUUUAAUGGUGUUACAGAAUGAUUACAGGACAAGUGAAGAUAGGUAGAGGGACACUAUCACAAAAGACAAACAUGGAGGACUAAGACUCCUGGAAAUUACCCAACAGUUUUCUACUAUUAAUGUGAUCUUCCUACACUCAAAUUGCUAAAAGAAGCUUACUAAUAUUUGCUUAUUUUCAAAGGAGUAAGGCAAACAUUCCUUUUCUCUGGCUACUAUAAACUCUGUGCCAAGAAUACUUAUUGUAUCUUUAUUUUUUGCCAUUGCACCAGCACAAAAAGGUGUCCAACUGCAAUUGUAUUCCUUGAUAAAAGGAAAUUGGUUUUGCACCAUCGAGUGCAAAAUCAAUCAGAUUUCCACCUACUGACUCUGAAAGACUCAUCAGUGCUGCCACAGAUUGUUUUGUGUUGGAGUAGAUCUGUUUGUACUUUUACAAACCUACCUGUAUGCUUUAGUUAUAUCUUCAAAAAAUGUGUUUAAUUGAUUGUGUUGUUGUCAAUGUUGAAGAUAAGUUAACUAGCUGAUAAGCAAACUAGCUGCUAAGCUAACGGAAUAGGUCAUUCUUAGCAUAGGCUGUUGCAAAUGCUGCUUGCUUUAAUGGUUACGGCAAAUGUAUGUUACUUGCUUUAUUUAAGUUACAAAGCAUAACUGGAUUAUACUACACUCUAUUUUUGCAUUAUGUUGGACAUGUAUUAUUUCAAUUGUAACAAUUGCUAACAAUUUCAAGCCUCAAUAAACGACGUCCAACUCAA